AUGAGCACCACCCCGAAAUGGUACUGCCGCAACAAAUCCCAGCCGAUGCACACGUUCGCGGAAAUCGGCAAAUUGGGCCUGGAGCUGCGUCGCAUUACCAAACGGAUAGUGAUCGAUGUCAACUCGGCGAUAUUCAGCGAACAUGAUACCAUUUUGGAGGAGUGCGAGCGGGUGGUGGAGCAGUACUGGAACCUCAAGGACGAGACCAAGAAUGCCGACUUCCAAUCGCUCUCCAAGAAGAUCAAGCGAAGUCCCUACAACCAGCUGCUGAUGAAGAAGUUCGUCCUCAUUAUGGAGGUCAACGACAGGCGCUUCUGUCAACUGACCUUUGUGCUCAAGCGAACGCUAAGCUUUCUGCUCCGCAAGUCGAUGCAAUCGGAAAUGUGGCUGAACUGGGCCCUGCACAUCACCCAGCUGUAUAACAAGUGCCGCAAGGUGAAGAAGCCGCCGGUUCAGGUGGAGAUGGACCCCCAGCCGGGUAACGAGGAGCAGGAGGAGGAGGAGCCCAAGCUUGGUGGCAAGCGAAAGGAGGAGAUGCAUGCCAACGUUUGCAGCAAUAUGUUUCCUGGUCUGCUCUUGACCCUCAAGCCGAUAGACUUUAGCUUUGUUCUUCAGCUUGUGGCCCAGACGCGAGUGGAGCAGAACGCUUUGGACCUCGUUUUCGGCCUCUUUAACAUGGGCGAGCAGGAUGCCUGGCGAGAGCAACAGAACCUGGAGUCCACCUCCUCCAGUCUAGAGAUACUUCGUACCCUGAACAUUUCCUUUGCCGCCGGCGAUUACCAACCGUAUUGCGACUCCGCCCAGGAUUACAAGUCGAUGCAGAUGCAGCUCACGGAUGCAAGUCUCCAGGUUCAGGAGCACGAUCAUCAAAGUCUGCGUUGUAAGCACACGGAGAGCUUUCUGCAAAAGGAGCGCGUGUUCAUCGCCCAAUUGAUAGCCAAGGCCACGGAAAUAAGUCCAUCUAUUUUCGAUAAUGUCAAGAAGGGCCCUGUGGAUAUUCAGGUGUAUAUCGUCAAGGGUUUGCGUCUGCUGUGGUCCUACGUAGGAAUCAUUUUGGAUCACAUCCUGUUGUGGUGGAUAGAUACUCCAGUGUCCUGCUACCGCCUCACGCACAUCGAUUCCAUUCGCAGCUGGCUCUACCAUCAGAGUGUUAAUGAUAUUCCCGAACCAGUUUUCUCCACCUUGCGUGGCAUUGGCGAGAUCUUGACUGGUUUCGUUUGCAAUAACAUCUGGGACCAGCUCUUCCGUCUCACCCUCAUCUCGUCGAAUGACACCAGACGUCUGGUGGAUGUGGUCGUGGAGCAGUAUCGUGAUUGCCCUAAGAACGAAUCCGGCACUCCAACUGGCACCGUUUGGAUCAGCAUUUUCGCCAACCUGGUGAAUCUUAGUAACCAGUAUUUCUCGAAUUUGGAGGCGCACAACAAUUCCAGCCUGCUGCCAGUGGCUGAGCAGAUACCCAUCCUCCACAGGCUGGAUCACUCCGUCCACACGAUGCGAUUAUAUGUCACCGAGCAAGCGAAGCUCCUGUGCUGCGAGUGGAAGAUGGAUCGCUUCUUCCAGAUCCUGGAGCACGAUGUCAAACUGUGCCUGAAUGUCUUUAUAACAUUUCAACUGCCGAAACUCACUGCCGACCUGAGCGAUAUCCUGAUGCUGGUUUGUGUAGCCCUGCGCACCAAGCUCAUCGCUGAAGUCAAUGCCAAUAUAGACAAGCUAAAGAAAACCACCGAUGAGUGUGUUCAGAUCCUGUCAGCGGUUUGUCGGGUCCUCAGCCUGGCCAACUUUACGCUGUGCUUUCCCUCGGCCAGCUUCUGGCAGCGUGAGGUGUACAACAAUGAGGAGAAGAGCCUGUACGUGGGGUAUGUGCUGGAUGAGAUCUACCUGCCCACCAUUCGGGCCACCAAGGACAUCGUCAUACUUAAGUUGAUCCUGAAGCUCAUCUGCGAGGCCUGGCUGGAUUUCAUCUACCAGAAACGGAUCCGCUUCAGCGUAAAUGGAGCCGUGCGAUUGCUCAACGACUUUGACGAUGUCAGGGAAUGGAUCCUGAGCUGCACCUUGCUGGACGAACAGCAGCUGGACAAGCUAAGCAACCACGAGGUGCUGCGCAUGUGCAAGGGUGUGGGCAAGAUCCUGCUUCGCAAGCCGGAGGAUGUCAUCUCCAUCACCCAGUCGCCCAAGUACGACAAGAAGGCCCAGGAAUCCACCCAGGACACCCAGCUGCCUUCGGAGAUGUUCGUGUCCAACCAGAAACAUUGGCUGCAGUUGCGCGCCAGUGGUGGCACUGGCUUUCCUUUCCUGAAACUGUGCUGCGGCGAUGCCGCCAUGUAA